ACUAAAAAAGUUAUAGGAUUUUUUUUUUUUUUUACAAAAAAAAGAGACAGAAAAGGAAUCGAUUGUAUUUGUCCUGAUAAACUCCUCACUAUGGACUCGAACAGGAAGCAAGUGACGCUGCAGCUAAUGGUCGCUGUUGGGACAGCAGUAAUCGGUUCCUUACAGUUCGGCUACAACACGGGAGUCAUUAAUGCACCUCAGACGAUCAUAGAGGAAUUCUACAAUGUGACAUGGUUUAAUCGGUAUUCAGAACACAUUCCUCAAAACUCCCUCACCAGUCUCUGGGCCGUUUCUGUCGCCAUUUUUUCUGUAGGGGGUAUUUUUGGCUCUUUCUCGGUAGGACUGUUUGUCAAUCGUCUGGGCAGGAGGAACUCGAUGCUUGUGGCUAAUAUCCUGGCUUUUAUAGCAGCAGCUUUAAUGGGAUUCUCUAAGUUGGCCGCAUCUUGGGAGAUGCUGAUCAUUGGUCGGCUUGUUGUGGGUCUUUACUCUGGUCUGUCUACAGGCUUUGUACCCAUGUAUGUGGGUGAAAUUGCGCCAACAUCUUUACGUGGGGCACUGGGCACUCUUCAUCAACUGGGUAUUGUCGUAGGCAUCCUGAUGGCACAGAUUUUUGGCAUUGAGUCCAUUAUGGGAAACGCAUCGCUGUGGCCUUUCUUGCUUGGCUUCACCUUUAUACCGGCCUUGAUUCAGUGUGCCCUGCUCCCUUUCUGCCCUGAGAGCCCCCGGUUCCUGCUUAUCAAUCAAAACGAAGAGAACAAAGCCAAGACUGUUUUAAAGAAGCUUCGUGGCACUGAGGAUGUUGGAGAGGACCUCCAGGAGAUGAAGGAGGAGAGCAGGCAGAUGAUGAGGGAGAAAAAAGUGACCAUCAUGGAGCUGUUCCGGUCUCCCCUGUACCGUCAGCCAAUUCUCGUUGCGGUCAUGCUACAGCUAUCGCAACAAUUCUCCGGCAUCAAUGCUGUUUUUUACUACUCUACGAGCAUUUUCAAGAAAGCAGGAGUGGCCCAGCCAGUUUAUGCAACCAUUGGUGCUGGAGUUGUGAACACUGUAUUCACUGUAGUGUCUCUGUUUGUUGUGGAGAGAGCAGGAAGAAGGUCUCUGCACCUCACUGGGCUGAUGGGAAUGGCUGUGUCCGCUGUAUGCAUGACCAUUGCCAUGGCACUGACUGAAAAAGUCCCAGCCCUUUCAUAUGUCAGCAUCGUGGCCAUCUUUAUAUUCGUGGCUUUCUUUGAGAUCGGACCUGGUCCUAUUCCAUGGUUUAUCGUGGCUGAACUCUUCAGUCAAGGUCCCCGGCCUGCUGCCUUUGCUGUAGCCGGUUUCUCCAACUGGACGGCCAAUUUCAUAGUAGGAAUGUGCUUCCAGUAUGUGGAGCAACUGACAGGCCCGUAUGUCUUCAUCAUCUUCACCGUGUUGUUGCUCAUCUUCUUCGUCUUCACCUACUUCAAGGUGCCUGAGACUAAGGGCCGGACGUUCGACGAGAUCUCAGCGGGGUUCCGGCAAAAUGCAGAAAAGUAUGGUCAUGAACACAAUAUACUGGGUGCAGACUCACAGCUCUAAGUCUUGCAUUUUCCUUCAACAAUCCUUUUGUGGCUCUCCAUAAACCUCUGAUAACAUGCUGAAGACCUGCUUUGAUGUACAUGUGCUUAUACUGUAUAUCAGCAAGAUGUUAAGCAUAAGGCUGGCUCCUGUUUGUGUUCUUUCCUCAGUUUUUAGAAAAGUUAGGGUAGCCUCUUUGUGGGUCACUUGUUUAUUAUUAUAUAUUUUUUUAACAAUUGUGCUUGCACCAUGCAAUCACUGAUUGCUUGUAUUGCCUGCUAAAAACAUUUACAUGGUGGAUGUACAUAGUUCACUACUGCGCCACAUUAGAUUUUACUUGCACCAUUUAACCUAACUAUUGUCUUUUUGCUUUUAUCCCUUUCAUGAAAAGCAAUGUACACACGACACGAUAAAUGCCUCAGCUGACAAAAUCUGGAAAUAAAAACACAGAAUUAAAGUCAGUUAUCACAAUUUCACCAUCAAAGCACUUACAUGAAAACAUGAUUAUUCUUCACAUGAUAUCAGUGAUAUUCUUUCUAUUCAGCUAGGGGUAAUUUAGCAUAUCCAUACAGCUACCAACAUGUUUUGGGCGAAAUUUAGCUUUCUAGCCAUUUUUUCUAAUUGAACAUUUAAAUUUGUAGUAUUCUACAGCAAGAUAAAUUUUCCACAAAAAUUCUGAAAUUGGUUAAUAAAAAAAGGUAGAAGACAUGGUAAUAUAAUAUUUUAUAUACUGUAUAUCCUAACCAAAUAAUAAUCAAGCAUAUGCAUAAAAAUUCGGGCCGGGACUUUAACGCGUUAAUUUAGAUUAAUUCAUUACAUAAAAAUAACGCGUUAAAUUUUUUAACGCAUUUUAAUCGCACUUAUUUUUGCACCGCGGAACGUUUCUCACUGGAUGAGUUUCGGCGGACCGAUUAUACUGAAGCACCAACUAGCGUUUAGACAAAAACAAACCACAGUGAACAUGGACAAAGAAGCUGAUGAGACCGCUUUGGUUGGCCCUGUGGAUGGGAAAUUUUGUUAUAAAAAACGAAUGGAUGGAAGCAUCGAUAAGAGCAUGGUUGUGUGCAAGCUAUGCAACAAGGAAUUCGCAUUCGUAUUCUAUUGCUACACUUAAUGGCAAUAUUGCACUGGUCUGUUGGACUUGGUUAAACAAAAAUAAACAAUAUUUUGUUGCUUAA